AUGCUGGCCCGCUUUUCAAAAAUGAGAAGCGCUUACCAUUUGAAGCGACACUUCAAUUCAGAAAAAAUAUACAGCAUUCAGCCAAUACGAACACCACAGUUACUCCGUUGUAGUUCACACUCCCCUCUAGGACAACAAAUCAGAUCAAGCCAGCGGAAAAAGGUGACUUUAAACACUUUGCGAAAUCUAUAUGCCAAGGGAGAACCAAUAGUUGCCAUUACGGCUCAUGACUAUUGCAGUGGAUCAGUCGCUGAUACGGCAGGUGUAGAGAUAGUGCUCGUGGGAGACAGUUUAGCGAUGGUAGGGUUAGGAAUGGAAGACACUACCGAAAUUCGCUUAGAGGACAUGAUCCUUUUUAGCCGUGCGGUCUCCCGAGCGACCAGGACAGCAUUUACAGUGGCGGACCUACCAAUGGGCUCUUAUGAGGUCUCAGCAGAGCAAGCACUAAAAUCUUCUAUUCGAAUUGUAAAAGAAGGGCGUGUCCAAGGAGUCAAGCUUGAAGGCGGUGCACAAAUGGCUAAGACAAUUAAAAAAAUUGCAGACACGGGCAUUCCCGUUAUGGGCCAUGUCGGCUUGACUCCGCAACGUCAAAAUUCACUGAGUGGAUUCCAUGUACAGGGCCGGACUUCUGAUAGCGCCCUUCAGAUACUGGAUGAUGCGCUAGCCGUACAAGCGGCUGGAUGUUUCGCUGUAGUGCUUGAAGCUGUGCCACGCGAAAUAGCAGCAAUUAUUACUCAAAAACUCAAGGUUCCAACCAUAGGUAUAGGGGCUGGAAACAGUUGCUCGGGCCAAAUACUGGUACAAAUUGAUAUGCUUGGAAGCUCUCCACCUGGCCACCAUUUACCAAAGUUCGUGAAAAAGUAUUGUGAUAUUUGGGGCGAGAGUUUACGGGGACUUGAAACCUACAUCAAGGAAACGAAGUGCCGGGAAUAUCCUGAGCAGGAGCAUACUUACUCUAUUUCAAAAGAAGAAGUAAAUAACUUCCAGGAAAAGCUCGAACAAAGGUAA